AUGGCUAAAAACGUUCAGCUGAAGUCAUUACAAAGGAGAGAGCGACAAAUAGUGCUUCUAAUGGAUAGUGUAGAACGAUUUGUGCAAAAUUACGAAGCAGAACGUGAUGAGUGUCAGAUUGCUUCAAGGCUUGAAGCCUUGGAGCCUGUGUUUGGUGAAUUUCACGAAGUGAGAAGCAAAAUUGAGAUGAUUGUGUUUGAAAGUGAAGAAAAGAAAGACAAGGAGCUCUACGGCGAGGCAAAAGAAGAAGCUGGAUUCCAGCGGGAAGAAGAAAACGACAAGAUACUGCUUAGCUUUGAGGAUCGUUUCUUCCAGCUAAAGGGUGCGCUUUCGAAGUUGCAGAGCAUCCGACAUCAACCUGCAAGCUUGAGCGAGUCUUCUCACAAUCAUGAGCGUGUGUCCAUGGGAUCAAGAGUGAAGCUGCCAGAGAUUCGAUUGCCCAGCUUUGGUGGAAAGCUUCGCGAUUGGGUUUCGUUCCGCGAUAGCUUCCAGAGCCUAAUCCACAACAACGAGCAACUCGCACCCAUGGAGAAGUUUACCUAUCUAAGGUCAGCUCUCUCCGGCGAUGCACUGAAGGAGAUACUCUCUAUUGAGCUGUCAGAUGCUAAUUACAUCAUAGCUUGGGACAUUCUGACGGAGCGGUAUGAGAACAAAAAACUCAUAGUAAAGGCAUACUUAGACGGAUUGUUUUCGUUGGAAUCGAUCCGAAAAGAAGGUUAUGACAGCAUCAACUAUCUCAUAACUGAGUUUGAGAAAAACCUAAUGAUGCUGCAAAAGGUUGGCGAGGACACCGAUGGUUGGAGCACCAUACUAGCGCAUAUGCUCUACACCAGGCUAGAUUCUGUCACUCUGAGAAAUUGGGAAACUCAUCACAACAGCACAGAAGUGCCAAAAUAUGAGGACAUGAGAAAGUUCCUACGCAACUACUGUUCCGUUCUGCAGUCAGUCGCUCCUGCCAAAGAACCCCGCUCCAAUAUCGCCGAUCACAAGCAGCCUAGAGGGCAGUCAGUAUGCCACACAGCCUUUAAGUCACCCAAUCGAUGUCCAUUUUGUAACGAACCAUGGCAUUCGCCCUUCCACUGCCAAAGAUUCCUUCGAAUGAAAAUUGCAGAACGCCUUGAAGCCGCCAAUCGAAGUAGAGUCUGCCGAAAUUGUCUGCAGCCUGGACAUUUCGCAUCGAAUUGCAAUCGUAGCAGUUGUCGGUUGUGUCAACAAAGGCAUCACACUAUGCUGCAUGCUACGCGAUCCUCCGUUCAAAAUCCGUCGAAUUCGAGACCCAGUCAACAGUCAAAUGCACAACCUAUUACCCAAAGAAGCACCCAAGUUUAUUCACAGCAAACUCACCAACAGCAAAGACAACACGCCAGACCAAUAGUUACGGAACACCCACACACUCAAACACAUAAUGCAACACACAAUUCACACAACACAACCACACAAUUGAAUUCUCCCAUGCCAAGCACAAGCCAAAAUUACGUCGCACUUCCUGCUAAACCUACAGCAAAUAUUUUGCUUUCUACCGCACUUAUCAAGAUUAAGGACCGUCACGGUAAUGCUCUGAUUGCUAGAGCAUUGUUGGAUUCCUGCUCGCAACAUUGCCUCAUGACUCGAGAGUUUUCGAGAAAGCUGAAGUUCAAAGAAUCGCCAACGUUUUUGUCAGUCCAGGGUAUCGGUUCGUCUCAGUCAGUUUCGACGAAGAGCAUAAGUGCUAAAGUUGGUCCACGAUCGCCGAAAAUCUCUGAAUUCCAAGAAACUAUGGAGUUUUUCGUGUUGCCAAAACUUACCCUUCAACUACCUACGACAUCGUUUGAUCCCUCGUUUAUGUCGCUUCCCGAUUCCGCUUUGCUAGCUGAUCCUUACUUCCACGAAUCAAAGCGGAUCGAUAUCAUAAUCGGUGCCGAAUAUUAUUUGGACUUGUUGAAGGAUGAACGUCAGAAAAUGUCGAAAAACGGUCCCACGCUUCAGAAUACAGUUUUUGGUUGGAUUGUGUCAGGUCGAGUGGUAGAAGCUCCAUCAGAAGUGUCGCACACCUUAGUCUGUUCUACAAGCGACUUACAAAAGCAGCUCACGAGAUUCUGGGAGCUAGAAACAUGUCGUGUCACUAGCACUCAUUCCAUUGAGGAGUCGAUGUGCGAGAGGAUUUUUAAGCAAACCACAAAGAGAGAUGAAGCAGGACGUUUUGUUGUUACCCUACCGAAGAAAGAGUCAGUUUUGUGUCAGUUAGGCGAUUCGAUGCACUCAGCUACUAAACGUUUUCUAGCAUUGGAAAGGCGUCUGGAUGCUAAUCCAGAGUUGAAGAAGGAAUAUGCAGCUUUCAUCCACGAAUAUCUCGAUCUUGGUCAUAUGAAAGAGAUUUUAGAAAGCGCUGAACAAGAACGAAGCUAUUACAUGCCUCACCAUGCUGUCCUGAAGCCCGACAGUACUACUACAAAGUUAAGAGUCGUUUUCGACGCAUCUUGUCGAACAUCAACCGGAAUUUCGCUCAACGAUGCGUUAAUGGUCGGACCUGUGGUACAAGAUGAACUGGUGGACAUUAUUCUGCGAUUCCGGCUUCAUCGAUAUGCCGUCGUUGCAGAUGUAGCUAAAAUGUAUCGAAUGGUUAGAGUUCAAGAGUCAGAUCAACCUCUUCAGAGAAUCCUAUGGCGUGAUUCUAGUGAUGAUUUCAUACGUAUUUUCCAACUUACAACCGUGACGUACGGCACGUCAUCAGCACCGUAUUUAGCGACAAGAUGUUUGCAAGAGUUGGCUGAUCAAGAAGCCGUAAAUUGUCCGAUUGCGUCAGAAGUGCUUAAGAAAUCAUUUUACGUUGAUGAUAUGCUCGCAGGAGUUGGGUCUGUUGAAGAAGGCAAGCUUCUUGUGAGAGAAAUGAUGAAGGUUAUGAAGUCAGCUGGAAUGUCAUUACGAAAGUAUGUGUCGAAUGAGUCAGAAAUCCUUGAAGAAGUGUCAGUUGAUCUUCGAGAAGAAAGAUCAGUGUUAGAACUUGAUUCCUCCCAAUCUACAGUUAAGACACUAGGCUUGAAGUGGCAGCCUAGCUCAGAUGAAUUUCAGUUCAGCACCAUUAAGUGGGAUGAAGCGUCAGUAAUAACCAAGAGAAAGGUUUUGUCAGAUGUUGCAAGAUUGUUUGAUCCCCUGGGUCUAGUCGGACCAGUCGUGGUCCAAGCCAAGAUAUUUGUUCAGCAGUUGUGGAAAUUACAGUGCGAUUGGGAUGAUAAGCUUACCGAUGAUCUCUCAGAGCAAUGGAGAGAGUUCCGCAGAAAUUUUGUCAGUCUAGAUAGUUUGUCAGUUCCUAGAUGGGUCGGUUUAUCUGUCAGUACUCAGUCAGUUGAAAUACAUGGGUUUUGCGAUGCGUCAGAGAAGGCGUAUGGAGCAUGUAUUUAUAUAAGGUCAGUCGAUCAGAAUGGGUCAGUUUUAGUCCGUCUUUUAACGUCAAAAUCCCGAGUUGCUCCUCUUGAGAACUUGAAGCAGAAGAAAAAGAAGCAAUCUAUGCCCCGUUUGGAGCUUUCUUCUGCCCUUACACUAGCGCAUUUGUACGAAAAGGUUCAGAGUAGCAUCAAGUUGACGUCAGUGAAAUCGUACUUUUGGACGGACUCCAUGAUAGUGAAGUGUUGGCUAGCAUCUCCACCUUCUCGAUGGAAAGAGUUCGUAGCUAAUCGUGUGUCUGAGAUUCAACACAUCACCGAUGGAGGACACUGGAAUCAUGUGGCAGGAAUUGAGAAUCCUGCUGACCUUAUUUCUCGAGGAAUGACUGCAGCUCAACUACAGUACCAAACGAUAUGGUUUCAGGGUCCUACAUGGCUUCAACUUGAUGAGCAACAUUGGCCAAAGAACGAGCAGAGCCAGGAGGAAAACGUAGACGUUACGAUGUUGGAAGAGAAACCAGCUACUACUGCAACAAUACAGACGACCGAGCACAACGAGAUUUUUGGUUUAAAGUCCUCUUACACCGAACUUGUCCGUCUCGUAGCUUGGAUGCAACGUUGUCGUUUCAAUUCACAAAAGUUGAACAGAAAAAGUCGGAAGAGUGGUCCCCUCAAGGUUACUGAGUUAGACGAAUCGCUUAAGACACUCGUGCGCAUAGCUCAACAAGAAGGUUUUGCCAAAGAAUAUGCUGACUUGUUGAACAAUCGUCCGAUAUCAAAUUCAUCGAAAAUCGCAUCCUUGAAUCCUGUAAUGGUAGAUGGUUUGAUUAGAGUUGGAGGUCGACUACGUAACGCUGCAAUCCACGAAUCCCGAAAGCAUCCAUUCAUACUCGAUCAUCGACAUCCGUUCACGACAACUGUGAUGAUAUACUACCACCAGAACCUACUGCACGCUGGUCAACAGCUGUUGAUAGCAUCUGUUCGAGAACGAUUCUGGCCAACGAACAUUGGGACACUUGCUCGAGCAGUCAUUUUCAAAUGUGUAGCAUGCUUUCGCGUUAGGCCGAAAAUCCAAGAGCAACUUAUGGCGGAGUUACCUAAGCACAGAGUCACACAAUGUCCAGUAUUCCAAAAGGUCGGAGUAGAUUACUGUGGACCUUUUUACAUAACCUAUCCUCAGCGCAAAGCUCGACCCACGAAAGUCUUCAUAGCUAUCUAUGUUUGCCUGGUGACUAAAGCAGUUCACAUAGAGUUAGCAGCAGAUCUGUCCACACAAGCAUUCUUGGCCACAUUCCAAAGAUUUUGUGGUCGUCGAAGCGCUCCAAGUCUAGUCAUGUGCGAUAACGCAAAGAAUUUCGUCGGCGCAAAACGAGUUUUGGACGAAGUACAUCAGCUUUUUGCCAGUAAAACGUUUCAGGACUCUGUGAUAAACUACGCUGCAGAUCGAGGAAUUGACUUCCAGUUCAUUCCUGCUCGUUCUCCAAACUUUGGCGGCCUGUGGGAGUCGGCUGUGAAGUCGUUUAAGACUCUACUGAAAAGAACUAUUGGUUCACGUUCGCUGGUACAUGAAGAAUUACAAUCAAUAAUUGUACGUAUUGAAGCUGCAUUGAAUUCGCGUCCUCUCACAGCCCUGAGUAAUGAUCCUGAGGAUUUUGAGCCACUCACCCCUGGUCAUUUUUUAGUUCAGAAACAGCUAAUCGCACCCCCAGAACAUGAUUGGAACGAAGUUCCAGAAAACCGUUUGAAUGUCUGGCAAAGAAUGCAACAAACGUCACAGCAACUGUGGAAAAAGUGGUCAUCAAUGUACCUAUCAGAUCUCCACAGUCGAACUAAAUGGACCAAGCAAAACGACAAUCUCAGAGUUGGCAUGAUGGUUGUCCUAAAAGAGGAUAAUCUUCCACCAUUAAAAUGGCCAAUAGCGAGAAUCGAAGCAGUACAUCCUGGACCAGAUGGCAACGUUCGUGUCGUCACUGUGCGCACACAGUCUGGAUCGUAUGAUAGAGCAAUCUCCAAAAUUUGUUACUCCAUUGGUUGUCGCGCGGGUCGAGCAGCCAUUCACCGACGCAGUGGCAACGCAGCACAAACAUCGCACAUCACCUCAGCAUACCAUCGAGCAUUUGGGUCAGCUAUCCGGGCCAUUCACCAGGUCCAGCCACCACCACAGGCGCAUCAAUCGAUGCAAUUGAAGCUGCUCAUCAUGCUGCAUCAUCCAUUCAGCAGCAAUCCAUCACCACGAUCACCACCCGUAUCCGGUUUAGCAGCAGCAUCUGCAAUUAUGUUGCGGGAAAACAAAUUUCAUUGA